AUGAAUUCUUUAUUAUUUAAAAAAUGUAGGAUAAAUUUUUUUAAGAAAAAUAAAUUUUUUAAUAAAGAAAACUAUGGUAUUAAAUUGACGCUAUUAGUAAGUAGUGGAAUUGGAUGUUAUUUUUUAAGUAAUGAAGCAAAUAGAAAAAAAUUUCGACAAUGUUGUAAGGACGUAAAAAAAAAUAUAAAUGAGCUUCUUUAUGAUAAAAGAUCUAUUUUGAUAGAAAAUACUGCUUUUUGUGAUAAUGCAAAUAAUCAUUAUCACCCUCUAUGGAGAUCAGAAGAGAAAAGACCUUUUGAAAAGAAGAUGGAAAAUGCGAUAUUAUUUAGUGGAACAUCUAAUCCUGUAUUAAGUCAAAACAUAGCAGAUCAUUUAGGAACUAUAUUAGGAAAAGUAAAUUUAAAAAGAUUUGCAGAUGGAGAAGUAUCAAUGCAAUUUUUAGAUAGUAUAAGAGGAAAGGAUGUUUACAUUAUACAGCCAACAUGCCCACCAGUAAAUGAGAAUUUAAUUGAAUUAUUAUUAAUGAUAUCAACAUGUAGAAGAGCAUCAGCAAAAAAAAUUACAGCUGUUAUUCCAUAUUAUGGAUAUGCAAGACAGGAUAGAAAAUUAAGCUCAAGAGUACCAAUAUCUGCAGCUGAUGUAGCAAGAAUGAUAGAAGCUAUGGGAGUUGAUAGAGUGGUAGCUAUUGAUUUGCAUUCAGGACAAAUUCAAGGAUUUUUUGGUCCAAGAGUUCCAGUUGAUAAUUUAGAGGCACAAUUAAUUGGUUUAGAUUAUUUUACAAAAAAAGAUUUAUAUAAACCUGUUAUAGUAUCUCCUGAUGCAGGUGGGGUUUAUAGAGCUAGAAAAUUUCAAGAUGGUUUAAAUCAUAGAGGUAUAAGUGACUGUGGUAUAGCGAUGUUAAUAAAACAAAGAACAAAACCAAAUGAAAUAGAAAAAAUGGAUUUGGUUGGAAAUGUAUAUGACUCUGAUGUUAUUAUUGUUGAUGAUAUGAUUGAUACAUCUGGUACAUUAUGCGAAGCAGCAAAACAAUUAAAAAAACAUGGAGCUAGAAGAGUUUUUGCUUUUGCUACUCAUGGAUUAUUUUCAGGUCCUGCCAUUGAAAGAAUUGAAAAUUCUCCCCUUGAAGAAGUUGUUGUUACAGAUACAGUUAAAUCAAACAAAAAUAUUGAUAGUUGUAAAAAAAUUACCAAAUUAAGUGUUUCAGUUCUUGUUGCUGAUGCUAUUAGAAGAAUUCAUCAAAAAGAAUCAUUAAAUGAUCUUUUUAAUAUUAAAGGUUAA